ACUAUCACUUAACAAAUUUUUCAAUGACAAAACCGCAAGGUGCAGCGACUUUUAUUUCUUUUAGAAACUAGGUUUUUUAAAUUCUAUUCAUUCUACUUUUAAAAUAUGUCAUUUAAACUGAUAAAAACAUUAACUAAAAAUUAUUUUGUGACUAAACAUAUUGUUAGGUACAUGAGUUCUUCAGAGUGUAAAAAUACAAUAAAGGUGACCUUUUGUAAAGCUAAUGGUGACAGAAUAACGGCUGAGGGUAAAAAGGGAGAUUCUCUACUAGAUGUGAUUGUAAACAACAAUUUAGACUUUGAUGGAUAUGGAGCAUGUGAAGGAACAUUAACAUGUUCUACUUGCCAUGUUAUAUUAAAACAAAGUGAUUAUGAUGCAUUACCUGAAAAACCAUCAGAUGAAGAAUUAGACAUGUUAGAUUUAGCCUUCAAUUUAACUGAUACAUCUAGAUUAGGUUGUCAAAUCAUAUUAGAAGAUAAAUUAGAUGGCUUAGAAGUUAGUGUACCAGCUACUGUUAAUGAUGCUAGAGAUUAAACAUUUUCUACUUUAAGAUAUGUUACAAAACAUUUAUUACAAAUAUGGAAUGAUGUUGUUCUAUUGUUACAAGUAAAUAUAAAUUUAAUAGAUAUUAAUCAAACUUGAAUCCUUUUUGUUGAAGAGCUG